AUGAGCCUAUCACCGCUCGACUCCUCCCCGCCGGCGGCGGCGGAGGUGCCCCUCGCCCCGGGCUUCCGCUUCCACCCCACCGACGAGGAGCUCGUCUCCUACUACCUCCGCCGCCGCGUCCUCGGCCGCCGCCUCCGCGUCGACGCCAUCGCCGAGGUCGAUCUCUACCGCCUCGAGCCCUGGGACCUGCCCUCCCUCUCCCGCAUCCGCAGCCGCGACGCCCAGUGGUACUUCUUCGCCCGCCUCGACCGCAAGGUCGCCGGCGCCGGCGCCGGGGGCCGGGGCGGCCCCGGCAACAGGACCAACCGCGCCACGCCGAGGGGGUACUGGAAGACCACGGGCAAGGACCGCGAGGUGCACCACCGCGGCAAGCCCGUCGGGAUGAAGAAGACGCUCGUCUUCCACGCCGGGAGGGCGCCUAAGGGCGAGAGGACCAACUGGGUCAUGCACGAGUACCGCCUCCUCGACGCAGACGGCCCUCAGGAUCUGCAUGUGGUGUGUAGAAUCUUCCAGAAGCAUGGAUCUGGACCGCAGAACGGUGCGCAGUAUGGUGCACCAUACAUGGAAGAGGAAUGGGAAGAGGAUGAUGAUGCUAUUGAGAAUGGUCCUACCAGUGGCGCAUCUGCUCAAAUGGCUGCAAUCACAUGUGCUGUAGAUGAGGAGUCAAAUGAGGACGAUGAGAAUGCUUAUUGUGAAACAAACAGACCUGCUCGAGUAGAAUCAUCUCAUCUUCCUUUGGUCCAUGAAAUGCUCAAUCCACCAGAGAUGGCUCCUCUACAAGGUCAGGAUUCUAAAGAGACGAGUGAUGGAAGCUGUGCUGAUGGUGCUAUUUCUCUGGAAGAGAUUUUGCAGGAACCUUUGUCGAAUAUUAGUGUGGAGAAUAUAGGUAGACUUGAAGGGCAGAAUGCAACUGAUGAUAGCAUCAAUGUUGAUGACUUGUUAUCAGCAUACCCCAGGAAAGAUAAUGGCUAUGUAGGCCAGGAUAACACUAUGAAUGGGAGUGGUCCAGCAGAUGGUGAUCACACAAGCUGGCCUUUGAGAGCAUAUAGUAAUCAGAACUAUGUCAAUGGCCUUCUUGCCGAUGAGUUCUUUGACACAGGGAAUGAUACCAAUGGGGUUGCAUAUUCUGGGCACCAGCAAGCUGAUGGCUUUCCAGCACCUCGCCAAGUGGAUGAUAGUAUGGUAUUUUAUGAUGCUCCAUCUGAUUACAACCUGUUGGAUGGAAAUGAUGACUUCGUAUAUCUGAACGACCUCCUCAAUGAGCCACUUGGAAAUGAAUCACUCUUUGAUGGAGAUGAUGUGAUGGCUUACUUUGAUGCCACAGAGAAUGAUUUCAAGUAUGACAUUUUGGGCUCUGCUCAGGGUUCGAAUUAUCAACUUGCAGACAUGCCGUUGAACUUUGCCCAAAAGAGUGAUAACAAAGACAAGUUAACAUUCAAUGGGAUCUCUGAGGUUCCUGAAGCAAAUGCUCAGUACGGUGCAUCCUCAUCUGGUUCCCAUGAGGAUCUGUAUAAAGAUACUGAAUUUCCAGGUGUGCCAACAGAUGACACUGCUGAUAAAACUUAUGGAAAGCGCCUUGCCAGCAUGUUGGGCUCUAUCCCAGCUCCACCUGCAAUGGCCUCAGAAUUCCCGCCAUCAACAGGGAAAUCUGUUGGGAUGCUCUCGGCUGUCAGCUCAAGCUCAAUUCGUGUUACUGCUGGCAUCAUCCAACUUGAUGGCCUCACUUUCAGCAGCGGCUCCUAUCGGUGGCCCUUGCAGAAGAAUGGAGACUUGAGUUUGCUUGUGUCUUUCGCCGUGGAGAGCGACGUGUCAUCCAAGCUUCCUGUUGGUCUCGAGGAUGCUACUCGGAUUAGCACCGUCCCCAUGGUGCUGCGAAGUGGCUUUUACCUUUUCUUUAUGUCGGCCAUGAUUCUCUUGUUGAGCUACAAAGUAGGGUCGUGUAUCUACAGCAGGUAA